UUUGUUUGUAAACAUGCACGUGAUUAACUAAAGCGCUGAGAGGUGUCAAGUAGAUCUAAUCAGCCUAAUGCUUUAAAGAUGUAUUUUAAUUUGGCUUUCGCAGCUUUAAUAUGGCUGUGUUUAAUGCUUCAUGUAUUGACAGAUUCUGUUCCAUGUUCUGUGCGUGAUUUUGGAAAUGGUGGAAUUGUGUGUGUUUGCAAUUCCAGUUACUGUGAUACUGUUGAACCAAAUGGCCGACUCUCUCCAGGCAAUAUUGCUCAGUAUGUGACAUCAGCCAAUCAGACUCUCAAUCAAACAUUCGUGCAUUUCAACAACAAGGCCAAGGCUAACAUUGUUUUCAGUGUUAACCGCAACAUUGUCUACCAGACAAUUACAGGCUUUGGAGGAGCCUUCACUGAUGCAGCAGGUAUCAACAUACUGAGUCUGACGGGAAAUGCUAGGAAAUAUCUCCUCAAAUCAUACUACUCACCAGAUGGAAUUGAGUACACCGUUGGACGCAUUCCUAUGGCAAGCUGUGAUUUUUCGACUCAUCCAUAUUCCUACGAUGACACGCCUAUGGAUUUCAACUUGACUCACUUUUCAUUAGCACCCGAGGAUCUGAAGUAUAAGAUUCCUAUUAUACAAAGGGCCAAGGCACUGAGCCAAAGAAGUAUUUCUAUAUUUGGAAGUCCUUGGAGUGCACCAGCGUGGAUGAAAACAAAUAAAAAUAUGACAGGAAAAGGUCGGCUGAUUGGAGAACCAGGUGGGAAGUAUUACAAAACCUGGGCCAACUACUUUGUCAGAUUUCUUCAAGAGUAUGGGAAACACAACAUCACUUUGUGGGGCCUCACUGCGCAGAAUGAACCGACUGACGGUGAACUCGAUAACUUCCCAUUCCAGUGCAUGGGGUGGACACCGGAGCUACAGCGUGACUUCAUCGCCAUGGACCUGGGACCUGCACUUCACAGCAGUGGCUACGCUGACGUCAGCUUGAUGAUGCUCGACGACCAGAGGAUCCUGCUGUCAGAAUGGACAGAUACGGUGUUUUCGAACCCGGACAACCAGAAAUACGUGUCAGGUAUCGGAGUACACUGGUACUGGGAUUUCCUCACCCCUGCUGUUAUCCUAGACAAAACUCACGCUGCAUUUCCAUCCAAGUUUAUCCUCGCAACUGAAGCCUGCCAAGGCUCACAACCCUGGCAGCUGAAGAAGGUUAUUCUUGGAAGUUGGGACAGAGCAGAGAGUUAUGCUCAUUCUAUUAUCGAGGAUAUAAACCACUGGGUUACUGGUUGGACUGACUGGAACAUUGCCUUGGAUAUGCGAGGAGGCCCUAAUUGGGUGAACAAUUUUGUCGACAGUCCUGUGAUAGUAAAUGCUAAAGCUGGGGAGUUCUAUAAGCAACCAAUGUUUUAUGCCAUGGGCCAUUUUAGUAAAUAUGUUGUGCCUGGUUCAAAGAGAAUUGAACUGAAACUAACAGGUGACAACAAAAACCUUCAUUCUGUCGCUUUUCUGUUGCCAGAUGACUCCAUUGUAGUAACCGUUUUAAAUAAGGAUCCAGGGUCAAUUCCUGUAACGGUGGAGGACAAGAACCUCGGCUCAUUCACAACAGUUUUGGACGGUCGCUCGAUAACUACAUGGAUUUGGUGGUUUAAAUAAAACCAGUUCUGUCAUUUAUUAAAACAAAAUACAUUUCAAGUAAAUGAGAUAUGUUUUGUGAUGCAGUUGUGGAUCCAGAAAAUCUAUUUGGGGGGGGUGGGUUCCAAUGAAAUGUGGCCAAAGGCUACAAACGUUCCCGAAGGAAUUUUUCGGAUUCUACAACGUAAAAAUUAAAAUAAAAAUACAACUGUCGCAACAUUUAGAUCCACCACUGUGAUGCAUAAAUCUUCUCACACUACAGUACCAAUAUGUCUGUUUAUGAAGAUAACAGAAUAUACUUUAAAAACUAUUGGUCCAGUUAUUCAAACAUUACGUACCCUAUUCACUGUCUUGCAGAUCGGUGGUUGGCAGUUCCUGUGUACAAACACCAGCCGAUGAGUGUCACUGACAAGUCAUGUUUUUAAUUGGUAAUACAUUGUUGAUCAGGAUGGCUUUUUGUUGUACGACUGCGUAGACACCAUCCAAACAAUGAUCAUGGUGGGAAUUUUCCUCUCAUGGAACAUUGUGUUUUCUCGCAUUUUAAUCAUCCUUGCCCCCGGACCCCUCUAGAUUUCCUCUUUUUUACAGUUCACCACCCCGGUCCCCACUAGAUUUCCCCCUUUUUUUUUUACAGCUCGCCAAUUCCCACCCCUGAAUGUUUAAUGCUCCUAUCACGAUUUACACCUGACAGGUCCAUGAGAGAAACUGACAACAUAUGAUCAGUGGGAUUUGUCAGCUGGUGUGUUCCGAGCAUUAGUUAGCUUUAAAGCUGUGUUCUCGUUAUGAGAUUAGCUGCACCAACUUAUCGGUCCUACCAAAAUCAGAACAUAUAAGACUAAAAGUCAUCAUGAUUUAGGUGUAUGUAGUACAAUUUGAUCCCAUGCAACAAGUCGGUGCUAUUAAUUACAUAAUGAGAACACCUCUUAACCAAUAGUUAAUAGAAAUUUUCAAAACCAAUGACUAAUCAGAAUCGGUACAAAUAAUAAUUGAAAAGAUAAUGUUAAAACUUGAUUUCGAAAAACUAUCCAUAUAUAUUCAGAUCUAAAGUUUAUUUUAUAUUUAUGUAAAAAUAAUAAAAAGAAAAAUAUUAGACAAACUCAGGAUUAAUUUAACUAUGCUUUGAACAACAGCGCCCUAAUUUUUGCCUGGAAGUACAUUUCAUAUUGUUUUGUUGUAGGAGGAUGCAUUGUAUUUGCAUGUACUAAUGUAUGCGAGGUGAUUGUAUUCAGUUGUAUGAUUUUAUCUAUAAUACAUUAUUUUAAUACAGUGUUUUAUAUAUUAUGUUACAAAAAUAAAUAUUUUUUUACAAUUUUA